AAAUCAACGGCAGUAUAAUAAUAGCAACGUUUUGCAGGUCACGGCCGAAUUUGUUUCAACUUUAUAUUUUUAGGAACAAAUGUCAAAAAACAGUCAAUGGACUUUAAGCGAAGGUGUAGUGGCUAGUUAGAGCGGUUUUGCUAUAUCUGACAUUUUCUUGGACCACAAUGCAGAUUUAGAAAGGCGAAACUAAGGGUUUGUCAGAGCAUAUACGUUCGUUGACAUUCGUUUUAACCUCAGAUAUUGUACGUUUGUUAAACAUAUAGCAUUUCUGAAAAAUACUCGAGCAUUUUUUCCGGAACCGUAUAGACUGGAUUGUAAAUUAAUAUAUGAAGCUGUCUGGAUUUCAGCUUAGUUUAAACGCGGAAAUUUUUACUUUUUUUCCAAACUCUGUUCCUAUUUGGUGAUUAGUUCGGGUCAACGUAUUAAAUACAAGCAGAAUGACAUUCAUCUCAGACUGCAAAUGACCAAAAAGGUGACUUUUCCAUGGCAAUAAAUGUUCGUUUUGAAUGCACAGGUACACGUGAAUUGCGUUACACGUCUCUUGAAAACAUCCUUCAAGUCACCCAGAGUCUUGGACUCCAAACUAGCCGCCUAGUGGUCUGAAGUUUCGGACUUUGCCAUUGGUUCGGAGUUCAGUAAAUCAAAAGUAUUCCCGUACCGUUGCUAUAGCACGGCGGCCUCUCUGAUUGCGCGUUGUUUCAAUUGGCUACUUCCCGGGCCAGCCCCGCCCCUUUCCGAAAAGCGUCCCGCCUUAGUUUGCGUUGUCUUCGCUUUCAUUGGUCCACUCGAGGCACCCUGUCACGGAGUGGAAUGACGUCAAGGAGGCGCUGGAAAGUGGCGAUGGGUUGGCUGUGUCUGCCGCCGUUCCGCUAGUGUUUACUACCGUGUGCCUGCUUCUCUCACGCAUGGAGUGGCGCAGCGACCCGGUGGCCGCAGCCUUGGAGAUGUCGGAGAGCAGCGAGGGCAGGGACGGGGAGCCCUCGGAAGCCGACGGCUACGAGAGCCUUCCGCCCACCGCCUCCUUGGCGACGCACAUGACAGCGGGAGCUGUGGCAGGGAUACUGGAGCACAGCGUGAUGUACCCCGUGGACUCUGUCAAGACACGGAUGCAGAGUCUGCAGCCAGACCCAAAGGCCCAGUACCGCAGCGUGCUCGAGGCCCUGCGCAGGAUGGUGCACGCGGAGGGACUCCUGAGGCCCCUAAGAGGCCUCAAUGUCACCAUGCUGGGUGCCGGCCCGGCCCACGCCCUCUACUUUGCCUGCUACGAGAGAGUGAAAUGCUCGCUGAGUACCAUCAUCCAGAAUGGCGGCAACAGCCAUGUGGCUAACGGAAUUGCUGGUAGUGUCGCCACAGUGCUCCACGAUGCAGUGAUGAACCCAGCAGAAGUGGUGAAGCAGCGGAUGCAGAUGUACAACUCUCCCUACCGAGGGCUGUGGCACUGUGUGACCACAGUACACCGGACCGAAGGGCUGGCUGCCUUCUACCGCAGCUACAGCACGCAGCUCACCAUGAACAUCCCCUUCCAGGCCAUUCAUUUCAUCACGUACGAGUUCAUGCAGGAGCGCCUCAACCCGCAGAGACAGUACCAGCCGCAGACCCACAUCGUUUCCGGCGCCUUGGCCGGGGCCGUGUCUGCAGCCGCCACCACCCCCCUGGACGUCUGCAAGACCCUGCUGAACACGCAGGAGAACGUGGCGCUGAGUUCGCUGAACAUCAGCGGGCACCUCACGGGCAUGGCCAAUGCCUUCAGAACGGUGUACCAACUGGGCGGCGUGCCCGCUUUCUUCAAGGGCGUGCAGGCCCGCAUCAUCUACCAGAUGCCCUCCACCGCCAUUGCCUGGUCGGUCUACGAGUUCUUCAAAUACUUCCUCACCAAGCACCAGCAGGAGAGGGGCAGGGCGGGACCAGCGCCCACCUGAUGCGGGCUCAGGCCCGUCUGCGGCGCCCACCUUGCCCACACUGGGCCCUGUUGUGAGGAAGGUUAGCAGGUGGCUUCAAGUUUGUCGUUUUUGUUGUUGAUUUGUGUUCCGUCUGUGUUGCUGUUGCGUGUGUGGGCAAAAAGAUGGAGUUACAAAGUGUUGGGAAGCCACUUGGGAGUGAAAGCAAGGAGAGGGCUUUUUGAUGGGAAAGGCAGGCCCAGCUGGGCGAUCAUUUCUUUGUGUUCAAGGCAGAACCCUUCAGCGGAACACUCCUGUUCCCUCCCAUUGAAUUCUUCUUGUCAGAAGGUGUGCUAUUACAAAGCGCUGAAAAACACAGCAAUGUAACAAAACUCUAAGGAUUUCAUAUGUGAAAGGUGUAAGAAAAUGGCUUUAAACCUUUCACAGUAAAGGCUGGUUUUACACGGGCACACAUGCCUGCAUACUCCCAUCGUUACUCCCUACCCCUCUUCCAAACGGAGUUGCAAUGUCACAUAGUUAUUUAUGUAAAUAUAGAGGUUUGUUGAUUAUUUUAUUGGAUUUAAAAUGUGGGAAGAAAUAUAUUUUUCUUUGGGCCAAAUGUUUCAACUUCUACAAUCAUACACUGGCCUAUUUGUACAUUUUUGAAUGGCCAUUUAUUUAAAUGUCCGUUGAAUUUUAUACAUUCCUUAGCCUUGCACCAUAAUCUGUCUUCAAUCAAGUGCCUACAAUUCCACUUGCAGCUUUCUUUGACUUCAGAAAGGAUGCUUCUAUCCAUAUUUUCACAAUCUUUACUGUGGCCCAUCAGUGCACUACUUAUUCUGUAAUAUUUUAUUGGAUAAGAUGUAGAUUGUAUAUACAAUAUAAAACACUGCCAAACAACAUGGCAAAACUGAACAAAUGUCAAAUUUGACUAUAUUUAUUUAAUUUUAAAAGUUGAAUUAUUGUCCUGUUUUAACGGGAUAUGAAGACUACUUCAGACAGGGUUUUGUAUACAUUUCUUAUUAGUGUAGCAGAGCAGAAUGUGAAUGAUGUGGUGGUUUAACAGGCCCACACAUUUUCCUGGUGGUUUUGUUGAUGUUUUGGCUUCCUUGUAAGCAGUUAAGUGAAGUGGUUACUUUUUUUUUGUCUUAUCUGAAGAUGCCAUCUUUGAACAUGCAUGUUAUAAAGCUAUCAAAAUAUGAAUCAAACUUAAAAUCACAAUAUGCUUUGUCCAGCACUGAAACAUUCAGUUGACACUGACAGUGUUUUGUUUUAUAGAUCACUAAUCCUGGCAGGAAUUCUUCCUUUCUCUUUACCUUCCCAAGACCAAGUGUCCUAACCUUUUGCAGUGUGUCAGUGCAGUUCCCACAUUGCAUUCCUGUUAUGCCUGCACACAUCCGGAAACCAUUUCAUUGUCUUUCGAGAAGUGCACUUCUUUCUUGUUUAAUCAGCCAUGUUUUUGCAGAAACGUCCUACAUAACAUUUGGAUAGAUGAUUAGACAAGGACUCUUUGUUUCUUUGACGUUUAUUUAAAUGUGUUGGAAUCAUGCACAGGACCUUCUUGUCUAAAUCAUGUGUACAAGAAGUAUAGCACAGAGGUGUAGCUCAGUAACUUCAAUUUUUAUAGAACUAACCAUGUUGUAAUGCAGGUCCCAGCUGGGCCGUGUGUUAUUAAUUGUUUAUUUUCACGAUAGCAACACACAGCAAGCGCACAUCAAUCCCAAAGGCAGAAGUGGAGUUUGACAGCAAGAGAAUAGCACAGCUUUCCGAUUUGCUGCUCUCAGAGGCUGAAGUAUCAUACCAAGUGUUACCGUGCCUUGAAUCUCAGCCUCUUGCCAUUCUUGAACUUUGUUGCUUUUGUGUGCACAUAUUCACAAUUUGCAAGGAGAUCAGGUUGUAAACCACUGCCUUAUGACGGGACUGUGAAUACCAGGUGGUAGAGAACUGAGGCAGAAUGGUUGGCAGAACUGUUUUGUUUUUUCUUUCUUCCCAUAUGCUCUGCUUCACUCAGGUUCCCCUAGCUCUUCUCUCCAGAUCACUCUCAGGUCUCCAGAGAGACAUUUAGACUUUGUACUGUGCCUAAUGCCACAGGAGUAAUUGACUUCAUGCUUGAUUUUUUAAAAUGGUCAUUUUAUUCAUUUCUAACAUUCUUGAAGGUAUUGUUCUACUAAAAUACUAAAAUAUAUAGCUAUAUAUUUUGAGUAUUUGAGUAGCUGCAUUGAUUUUUUUCUGUGCAGCCAGCAGUAUCCAAGUCAUGCACAACUGCUUUAGAAUAUUGCUGUCACCUCACCCUUCAUAGUCAUAUGUAAAGCACAAAGAAGCAACCUCAAGGAAACCCCAUUCGCUGAUGUAAAUGUUUUUAUUAUAAAAUGGUUUCUGGACAGUGCUUAAGUGGCGGUGGCUCGGUGUUACAGUAAAUCAAGAUUCGGGUCCGAUCCGACAGACCCUUCUAGUUUCUUCUGAAGCGUAGCAAAAAAAAUUGAUCAAUUAACUUUGUAUGAAGAUAUUUAGUUUCAAAAGGCUUUCGCUUUCUGUGACUCCAUGUUCUGAAAGUCACAGAAGCGUAAGCCAAAGAAAGCUAGCAUUUCUUGUGCUUUGCACAAAAAUCAGGCUUUUCAUUUAGUAAGGAGAUUAGAAGUUUUUUCAUAGAAGAUUGUAAUGUUUUCUAAUAUUCUGGCUUCUUAAUACCCAAGAAUGUUGUUGAUUUUUGUUUCAAAUCCCCAAGUUAACAUGAACUGUUGUAUAAUGCUUUAAGAUGUAGUACUGUAGAGUGAAAUGUCUUGGUCAUUGUCUGUCACAGCAUUUGAAUCAUGAUCUCAUCUUCUCUUUUCUUUUUUUUUCUGUUAAUUUGUAUCUUUGAUGUACAUUGUUUUACAGUGCUAUGCUUAUGAUUUUAUUUGAAUUCUGCAUACAGUAUGCUUACAGUAGACAAGGACAGAUUUUUUUCUGUGAACAAAAUAGAUUAAAAAUAGGUUCACCAGGCUCUGCAAACAGAGCUUGCUUACGUCAAUCUGCUUUUAUUUUGCUUCUUACAUGCUUUAUUACCUUGUAUAGUAUGAAAGUAAUACACAUUUGUUUUUGUUUUUUAUUAAGAAUAUUUUUUAAUAAACAGAAUCCUUUCUUGAUUUUCUUAUUAGAUUUUCACCUUUCAAAAAGGGUUCUUUCAAAAAGGAAGAAAUUAAACAUUUUAUCUUAUUUAAAACUGUCACAGUAUAUGACAGUUACGAUUUCUAAAAAACAUUAAGAAAUGAGCAAUUCCCUCCAUAUUCUGGUACAUGGAAUUUUAAUAACGAGAUGCGGUGUGUGUCUAUACUUGUCUAUAGGUUGUGUAGAGGUUCCCCAGUGACUUAUUUUUGCUCUUUGUUUUUAAAGGGAUGCUUAGGACAGACGAUGUGACUUGCAUAAAACAUACAAAUCCUUUAUAACAUAUACAUAAAUACACCGAUACAAAUACUAAAUUGUUCAUCCCGUAAAAUACCAAUGCUCUUAAAAAGCUCAAUGACCUUAGCGCUGUGUUUUUAACAAGAAGAGGUGGAUGCCAGUGGCUGUUCAAGUUACAAACCCUAGAAUGUUGCUUGCCGCUGUUGUUUACAAGCCAGAGUUUGAAUCUGAUUUGUGCUUCUUUCCUGGCAGUUGAGACAGACAUUUCUUUUCAGAUGGACUUGAAAUUUGUAUAUACUCAUGGCAUUGCUCAGAUGCAUUUGAGCCAGCACUGUGCUAAAUUUCCUUUUAUAAAUCAGUUCUCCAGGCUGAGCAUUUUUCUUUCUCGCUGCCUAACAGUAAUGGUGUUCACUUAUCUCUGACUCAUUUUGCAGUAUAUAAGAAAUCUGUUUCAGUAUUUUGCCUACAUGCAAAAGAACAUUAAAUGUGACAGUAGGGAAGCUGUGGAUAAUGGGCACAAAAGCUUAUAAUGUGCACAAAAAUUACUGAGCAUGCAUCUGUUCUUUAAUGUUUUUAACCUCUCCAGGUGUGAGGGGGAGAGAGGGAGAUAGAAAAGAUAUAAAGCACAGGAGAACACAGGACAGAGCAGGUGAAAAAGGGUCCAAUGAAGGCAGAUCUGGAGGAGAGGUGUGAACAGCUGAAAUUUGUAAUUGAUUGGAGAGGUUCUCAAAAGCAGUCACUGAAAGAAGGGGAAAAUUGUGAUCCAUGUUUAGGAUAAUGUUGGCUUCUGCCGUUUUUUUGGGAGUGAGAGCCCUGAAAUCCCCAUAAAAGUAUAUAGACUGAUCUGUGAAAUUAUGGCUGGGAGAAAUGAAAUAGGUGAUUGACUUGUACGGAUCUCAUUUAUACUGAUAAACAUUUAUAUUGAUCAUUUUCAAUAUUUUGAAGUAAUAUAAAUAUUUAGAUGUAUUACCAAGUUAAAGAGAUUGGACAGCUGCCUUGAGGUGAAUAAUGGCGACUUAAUUAUGAAAAGAAAAUAGUGUUUAAUGAAGACAUUUCAAAAUAUUAGCUAAACCUUUCAAAAAAUGAAAAAAAUUAAAGUGACUAGCAUAAAUUUCACUUACAGAAUGAACAAAUUCUAAAAGAUUGUCAUUUUAGUCUAAGUACAGUAUUUGUAUUUAUUAACUUAUUCAUCUUCAGAAGUCUCUCCACAGAGUACGACUUGAGCAGGAUAGCAGUCUAUGUCAAAGCACUGGACAAGAUGACAGUGUAGAACUGCUGAUCAAACCUAGCCAGUAUACCUCUGAGAGGUGAGAGAACAAGCAGCUGAACUCAGAGGGAGCACUCCAGCUCCAGUCCAAGACACAUCUGGACUCGGGAGCUUUGAGGCACCAGUGCUAACUGCUGUGCCCCCAUGCCACCGUCUAACUGUAGUUAGUUUUACCUCUGAAAUUGUAGUUUUGUCUUUAAGCUUUCCAAAUCAAAUAACCUUUAACUCUGUUGGGCUGUUCCCCAUACAAAAUGAGAACAUGCUGAUUUAGAAAGGAACUGGAAUUGCACCAAUACUUGGUUUAUCGAAUCAAUCUGAAGAUGUAUAGCACUCCAAUUAGUUCUGGUAACAUUUUUUACCCAUUUGAAAUCAUUUACAAAGCAAGUUUUUCAAAUGAUUCUUCCUAUGCCCUGUUAAACCAUUUCUGUUUUCCUUUAUUAAAUAUUUUUUCCUGUCUUUUAUUUCAGUUCAAAAGUGUACUUAUAGCAGCAUAGUGGAACAGAGAAUUCAAAGGCUAAUGAUUUGUUCCAAGAAGCUUAGCUAAGCAGCACGUGCUUCUGUAAAAUUGUAAAACUCUUUAAAAGCUUUAUGUUUGUGCUUGUGUUUGGGAUCUACAUUAGACAAAAUGUCGUUCUGUUUUUGUUCUUUUUCAGAAGCCCUGUGAUCAUGUGGUCGUCUAGGCACUAGUUAAGAAAUCACUAGGCAGACAUCAUCUUCUAAAUUGAUAUUGUCUAUGUGGAAAUUUAGUAUUGUUACUUUCUAUCACAUUUGUAACAUUUUUGAGUGACAAAAAUACACUAAUGGGCAAUACACUUUGUGAAAUAAAGGUAUAACAUCCCAUUUUCAUCCUGAAAUAUUAUCCUCUUGGAUAUUUGACAUUGUCAAAGACCUUGCAUUCUUUUUACCUGUGUUUAAACACGGUAAUAUAAAGAGUGGAGCUUUUUAUAUGUGUGUGUGUUAUAUGUGCCUUCAUUCUUAAUGUUAAGCUGCCUCUUGACAGCAUUUUCUAUCCAAGUAUCAAAUAACACAUCAAGCCUUCCUUCUAACUUGAAAUUUUAAUGCAUUUCAUUUUUAUGCAUGUGGAUGGGAAACCGUGUUUUACAGGUUGAAAUUGUUCUAUUUUUCUUAAACAGGCAUCUGGACUGAACAUUUAAGAUUCAUCAUGUACAGGGAGAUAUUUAAAUAUAUAUAUAUAUUUGGUUCUAUUUUGAUCUCAUGUUUUUCGCUGCUUUCUGAAACGCACACGAAAGAGGGGGGAAAUAGUGUUUUUUUUAAUAAUGCCGUCUAGAUUCUGAAAAAGAUUGUAUUCAGAAUCUAGGUGAAGAAAAACUAAAUAAGGAUACAGAUAUUUAAUGAUUGUGUAAUGCUGCUACAAAUGUAACACUGGAGCUUUACAAAAAAAUAAGAUGAGCAAUCUCAUGAA